AUGGCUACCCCUAGUGUCCUAGCUUUUGACGCUGAGGGUCGCGCCAUUGAUUUUGAGGUCUGGUUAGACGACCUGCAGCUCUUCUUACAGUGCGACAGGGCUGACGACCUUCUCUCUUUGACCUCACCUCUGGCGCCUCUCCUGCUCCUGCUGCUGAUGCUGAUCCCGCUGUCCGCUCUAAGUGGGCCACCCGCGAUGCUGCUGCACGUCUUGCUGUGCGUCGCCACCUUCCUACCUCUGAGCGUGCGCACUUUAGUCAGGGUGCUCUCCUCCCCCUUGCUGCCCUCUGUUGCCUCUGCUGCUGCUGCCGACCUGCUUGGUCUUGAGUCGGUCGGCGCGGCGUCUGCCCCUAGUGGGAGACGUCGCUCCAGCAAGGGCAAGGGGGGCAAGGGCGCGGGUGGAGCUGGAGGGGGCGGUGGCGGUGGCGGCGGUGGCGGCGGAGGGAGUGGGGGUGAGGCGGGACUAGUGGUGGAGGUGGUGGUGGUGGUGGCAGCAGCGGCGGAGACGGUGGUGGUGGUGCCAGCGGUGGUGGUGGAGGCAGCGGCGGUGGUGGAGGCGGCGGAGGUGGAGGCGGUGGAGGCGGCAGCGGAGGAGGCGGUGGUGGUGGAGGAGGUGGAGCUGGUCGGGUGGUACCCAGCAGCACCGCACUACCCUUACGCCGCUUGCCGGCCGGUUGCGGUCUCCCUUGCUGACCCCUCUGGGGGUCCUGUCCUGUCUCACUUCUCCACUGUCCUCCCGUGUCCGGCUGCCCCCUUCGGGCACCCUGUCGGUCUGUACCUUCCCUCGUUCUCUACGAACUUGGUGAGUGGAGCGGACCUGCAGGAUGUGGGGGUUUCACCAGUUCACUCCUGCGAGUCAGCGGGUGACCCACUGCACGGAGGCACGCACAGGCCGACACCUGGCCACGUGGCUGCGUCGGGUCAGGUGCUUGCUGCUGCGUCCCGGUCAGGUCCUGAGUCUGCCCCCUGUUCUUGUCGCCUCCUGUCUCACGAGACUCUCCUGUGGCACCACCGUCUUGGCCACCCCUCCUUGCCCCGUCUUCGGAGCAUGGCUUCCCGUGUCCUUGUCUCUGGUCUUCCCCAGUCUCUCCCUCCUCUCCCCUCCGGGCCAGGACCUUCCUGUGUCCCCUGUGUCGAGGGUCGCCUCCGGGCUACUCCUCACUCCUCCCACUUCCCCCCGACAGAGGCUCCCCUGCAGACGCUUCACAUGGAUGUGUGGGGCCCAGCCCCCGUCCGUGGGCAGGGUUACGAGCGCUACUUCCUGUUGGUGGUUGACGACUACUCGCGUUACACCACAGUCCUCCCCUUGCGCAGCAAGGGUGCGGUCACUGAGGUGCUGAUCGACUGGAUCCGCGAGGCUCGUCUCCAGCUCAGGAAGAGCUUCGGCUCGGACUUUCCUGUUCUGCGUCUGCACUCUGACAGAGGCGGAGAGUUCUCUUCUCGCCUUCUGCGGGACUACUGUCGUGCACGGGGGAUCCGCAAGACCUUCACGCUUCCGGACUCACCACAGCAAAAUGGGAUUGCUGAGCGCCGCAUUGGUAUGGUCAUGGAUGUCGCUCGUACGUCCAUGAUGCAUGCGGCUGCCCCCCAUUUUCUGUGGCCGUUUGCGGUGAGGUACGCGGCGCAUCAACUCAACCUUCACCCCCGGGUCUCUCGGCCUGCGAUAUCCCCAGCCUUGCUGUGGACGGGGAAGGUUGGCGAUGCGUCUGUGUUCCGUGUCUGGGGAUCUCGGGCGUUUGUCCGCGACUUGUCUGCGGACAAGCUGUCCCUCGUGCUGCUCCCUGACGUCACGUUCGACGAGUCAGUCCCCUUCUACCGUCUCUUCCCCUACCGCACUCCUUCCCUCCCCCCUCCCCCGGACUUCCUUGUGCCGGUAGACGCCGUUGACCCGGUCGAGGUUACUGGUGACUCUGGUGCUGCUGCGGGUGCUGAGCCUGGAGGUGCUGACUCUGGGGGUGCUGUGCGCGGGGGUGCUGAGCCUGGGGGUGCUACUGCUGGGGGUGCUGGGCCUGAGGGUGCUACUGCGGAGGGUACGGAGCCUGGGGGUGCUGAGCCGGGGGGUGCUGUGCCUGGAGGUGCUGGGUCUGGGGGUGCUGGUUCGGGAGCUGCUGAGCCUGGGGGUGCUGAGCUGGGAGCUGCUGAGCCUGGGGGUGCUGCGUCUGGAGCUGCUGAGCCUGGGGUUUCUCCUACUGCUGCGUCUCGCCGGGAGCCCUCUCUCCACAGGAGCUGCGCGAGUGGUUCGCUCGCCGCUGGAGGCGUGCUGCUGAGUCUGGAGGUGCUGCUGGAGCUGGAGCUGGAGCUUCUUCGACCGUCGAGGGGCGCUGGUGCUGCGCCUACUGCUGUUGGUCCUGCCGCUGGAGGUGUGGGUGGCGCUGGUGCUGUCGCUGAGGGUGCUGGUGCUGUCCCUGCUGCGUCUGGAGCUGCCGCGCGGCCUCGGCCGUACUUCGUUCCGCUCCUGCAGCAGGUUCUUGGUCUUUCUCCUCCAGUAGAGGGUCCACCGCCUGUCCAGUCGCAGUCCCUGCUGGAGCCUUCCUCUCCACUGCCUGCUCCCUCUCCUUACACUGGUCCUACUGGAGGUCUUGCUGAGCGUCGUGAGCCUGCGUCUCGUCCCGCGUCGCCUGUUCGCACUGCUCGCGCUAGUGGUCGCAGUUCGCGUCAGCGUCCUCCUCCUGUCCCUGGCACGCACCGGAUGUCUUUGCGUCCGUCCACUGCUCCUCUGCGUGCCCCUUUGCCUUCUCCUCCUGAGUCCUCUCUUCCUGCGCUUGCCGACCCUGGGUCGGACUCUCUUCGUGCUGCCAGUCCUACUGUCACGCGUCUGCUUGCUACUGUCGUCACUGACCCCUCUUUUGAGUCCACUGCUGCGUCUGCUCUAGACGCUGAGCUCGUCGACUUUGCUGCUCGCUGUCGUCUUGACUACGCUGCCAAGGACAGGCAGGAGGAGUUACAGUGUCUAGUGGCUGCUUCACCUCAUCUCGCGUCUGUACUGCUUGCCCCUGAGGGAGACCCGGAUGCACUAGACAUCCCGACUCCGCGUUCUUACGCGGAGGCCGUAGAGGGUCCCUACUCCUCUCAGUGGCAGGCAGCUAUGGAUGCAGAGAUGGCAUCCUGGAAGUCCACAGGCACCUACGUUGACGCGGUUUCCCCCCUCCUGGGGCAAACAUCACCAGAGCACAUGGCUGCAGCGAAGAGGGUAUUGCGCUACCUGUGCAGUACGUCGGGCAUGGGGCUAGUGCUUGGAGGGCGGAGUUCAGUGGUCCUUAACGGCCACGCGGACGCUUCUUGGGCUGACGACCAGGCUACGCAGCGGUCGUCACAGGGUUACACCUUCAGCCUUGGUUCCGGCUCUGUCUCGUGGCGGUCUAUUCGCUCGUCUUCGGUUCUCGGCUCCAGUUGUGAGGCUGAGAUCUACGCCGGGGCCAUGGCUGCACAGGAGCUUCGCUGGCUCACCUACCUGCUGACUGACCUUGGAGAGCCGCCUCGUUCUCCUCCAGUGCUGUACGUAGACAACAAGGCCAUGCUGGCCUUGUGUCGAGAGCAGCGCUUGGAGCACAGAACGAAGCACAUUGCUCUCCGCUACUUCCUUGCUCGUGAGCUGCAGCAGCGUGGUCAGUUGCGACUUGCGUACGUGGCCUCUGAGGCCAACACUGCUGAUGUGUUCACCAAGGCACUCGCGCCUUGUGACCAUCACCGCUUUUGCACCCAGCUGGGUCUUGUGCCUGUCUUGCCUCACUUGCUCUCCUCUUGA